CAUCUCGAACGACGAACAUCUACGAGUUAAUUUUGUGACAAUUUUUUAUUUUUUUUUUUUCGAUCGAUCGAUCGUGAGUUAAUAUUACAAAGUGUUUUCCGUUAAAAAAAUUUUCUUAUGUAAUAAAAUAAUAAUUGAUAAUGAAGAAGAGCAUUUUAUUAAAAGGUUUCUGUUAAUGCUGCCAGUGAAAGCCUGAAAUGGGAGACGUACAAGGUAAGCGGAAAAAGAAGAAAUACGGAAAAAUUUACAAAAGUGCCGAAGACGAGGCAAUUCAUAAAGCGAUUUACUUGAAGAAUAUGCGUGAAAUUGAGAAACACAAUAUACACUACAAGAAAGGGGAACGGCCAUACUGGAAGGAAGAGAAUGAAUUUACAGAUUUAACGGAAGACGAAAUCCGACAGUAUUAUCGCAGUAUACGUGUAACAUUGCUUGACGAGAAAUAUUUCAUCAAACACAUAAAGCCCCAUUGUAGCAAUAAUCAUCUUAAUGGUAAUCGAAAAUAAAGUAAUUUAAUUUUUAAUGUUAAAUAAUUGGUAUUUUAUGUGUGUGUGCUUGUGUUUGUGUGCAAAUGACUUGUUUUAGGGAAAAGGUUUCGUGUCACACGAUUUUUAAGUGAUUUAUAAACGUUUGUUUAUUAUUUUGAAUUUUUUUUUCGUGACCUUUGACAUUGACAUGACAAGGUUUUUCGUUACAUAAUUAAUUAAAUAAUUAUUUUUUGAGAAUUUUUUAAAUAUUAAAAUUUA